AUGCUAGGCACGUGGGACAAGGACAAUAUCUUCCAUCCAAUCAGCCUACCGAACCUACAAACCCUCCAUUUGGACUGUCUCAAGGACAAUGAGUGGGCAGAUCGGCGCCGGGUUCAACCUUUGACAAUCUGGCACUCGUUAGUUCCAGCGUUGCAGCAGGUAGCAACGUUGCCAGAUACACCAUCCUCGGCCAGAAUUACAGCUUUGGGAGUGUCUCGAUCGGGCCCGGAUGAUAAGUCUAUCCACCGGACGUUCUUGCGAUGUAACAUAAAAAAAGAGGCCCGUGACACAAAGACGUGGGCAUUUCCAGUCACGGACCUCUUGGGCCUGAACUCCAGUCCCGCUUACUACAUCCGAAUGAGAGAUGGGGAGUCAUAUGUAAUCCUCGAUUCAAGAGACAUCAUCACUAUAGCUGGGGGGCAGCCAUGGAGAACGCUAGCUACAGGCACAAGAUUGCCUACAGCUUGGACUCGCGGCAAAGUGUUGAUGCCUGAUCAUGGUAUAUUCGAAUACACAGAGUGGACUACAACAUACCCAAGAAAUCAUCCCAUGUUGAUACAGAAUGAGCGCAUAUCUGGUCAGUGUCUGAUAGAUGCCGAGGAACGAGAGGGGUAUCUGAACACAGAGAGCCUGAUAGAGAAAACGCCGAAAGGGUUUGUUCGGUAUGGUGGGCCUGUGUGGCGGAACUGGCGGCUGUAUGCAGAAGAUGACUAUGGGCCGGAUGGAUUGACACCAGAUGCACCAAAUGCGACAGUGGGACGGGACUAA